GAAAUCAGGAAUAAUGUCGUCGGGAUUACUAAAACUAAGUGAUAGGGCACACGAUUGGAUUUUAUGUCAUCAAAUAUCGACUCCAAAUGGAUUUUCGUGAUAGUUAAGUCCGAAACGUAUCAUAGAUGCUAAAAUGGACGCCAAAAUGCCCGCACAAAAAUAUACAGAAUUUUACUGAAUAGUUAUUGAUUGUUAUCAUGGAUAAUUUCGGUGCUGAUAUACUCAAAGCGAGGACAAUGCUUGUCCCGGACCAUGUGGUAUCAACACGACGGCGUCAGACACUCCAUGUGACAUCUUUCCACCGUGGAAAGUCCGCCUUAGAGCUCUCUCGGUCCACGGCUUCCCCUAUACGUCACCUGACCGUUAGGUGGGAAUCCUUGACUCCAGUCGCCAAAAGAAGGCCAUCGAAGAACAUCCAUUCUUCGGCGGGCAGUCUUACCACACCUAGACGUCUUUCAUUUACUCCACCAAACAUCAAAACGCGGCGAAGCUCUAGUCAGCCAGACGCGCACCUGACAGCAGCGCUCUCGGUCGUACCGAAAUUCUCCCACAGACGCGGGUCAGUUCAGCUGAAGGUUCACACGGGGAGUCAUGGAGGCGGAAGUAUUUCCGGUCAGCGGCGGAAGUCAAAGAUUCCGGCGGUGACGGAGGAGGAGUGGCUGGAUAGAAAGAAGCGGCUGAUGGCUAAAUUUCGGAUGGCGGGUCGCCUAGCUGUGUUCUGCUCCCGGAACUUUAAGCAACACUGUCUCAGAGUGAGAAGCACUGAUGGGUGGUUUGAAAGCCUCCCCGACGGACCGAGGAUCAACGAAGCGGAUGACGAGCUUGCGCCAUACAUCAGACGCUUGCAUUUCCACGAGGAUGAGGCGACAGACGACCUACUUAUCGACCUUUCGAAGUUCAAGGCCAACAGACAGAUGCGGAUACCGGAGAAGAUCAAGCACAUCUUGUCAAAGCCGCAGGCAGAGCGCACAGAGGACGAGCUCUACCACGUGGUGCUGGGGAUGCGGAAUCUGAAGAGUAUAGCAGAGUACCCGAACCGCAUGCAGCGCAAGUUUGCCCAGGUCGGCCUGUACGAAAAGUACGAGUCCAAGCGGGUGGUUGUGCGGCAGGGACACCCAGCCUCCGCCUACUACUUCAUACUGUCAGGAGCAGUGGUGGUCAUGGUGAUGGACGAAGAAAGCAAGUACGCCCGUCCCGUAGCUCACCUUUACAAGGGUCAGACGUUCGGGGAGCUGGCGAUCAUUAACGGCACGAAGCGGAACUCGACCGUCAUAUGUAAAGAGACAUGCGAAUUUAUGAGCAUCUCCGCCCAGGACUACCAUAGAAUAUUGAUGGCGGGCGGGGUGAAAAACAUCAACGAUCCCGACCAGGAAAUAUUCCUCAGGAACCUGAGCUGUCUCUCCGGCUGGCCUCUGCAUCUCCUGCCAGAGCACCCGAGCAAGUCACAGUUUCUCUACUUCAAGAAUAAGGAGGUGAUCGUGCGGGAUUCCCUGUACUCAGAUUGGCUCAUCUUUGUCAAAUCCGGAAGUGUUCAAGUUUUAAAAAAGCUCAAACGGGUAGAACCGCUCGAAUGGAAGAAAAAGAAAAAGCCCGAAGCGAUGACCGAUCGACAGCGACGGGAUGUGGUGAUACGGCGGCUUGAGUGGCGGCGGUUUCUUCCGGAAGUGGGUGUGCCACUGGAGAACGGGGAGGAGGUAGAGCUGCUGUCCACGGGGCGACCAGUCCCCUACCAGCACCCGGGCCCCGGGAGUGGAGACACCACGCCACGCAGUCAGGACACGCCCACAAAACGAGCGCCUCAGAUACCGAACCUCUGGCCUUUUAAGGUAGACUUAUCGGAAAUCAAGCCCGUCCAGUAUCUCGACGAGUACCGCACACACAGCAGCCUCAUGCACAGGGCCCGCACCACCGACGGGCUGCAACCACCAGGCGCAGACGGCCAGGGUGGGACUCUACCUAGGGUCAAGAAUAGAAAGGGCUCGCGUGAAAGGAGUGCCAGCAUCAUAAAGGAGGAGGAGACAGAGUUGCUAGGCUACCAGCCUCACAUACGCACCAUCAUAGAGGACAUAGACCCCAGUCUUAAACGGAAGGAGGAGGAAGCGGAAGACGAACGAAACGUGAACCCGGAGUUCGUGAACGUGCAAACGCUCCUCAAGGGUCAAGUGUUUGGUUUGGCGGACGUGGUGUUGGGGGAGCAGCCGAGCCUGUCCGUGGUGAGCGGCGGGGCGGACGUUCUCCUACUCAACAAACAAUUCUACCUCGAACACGCAUCGGAAAAACUUCUCAGAGAUAUGAGGAAUGAGCUGUGCCCGUACCCGAGUGACGAGGAGCUACAGGCGCGGCUGCAGGUGUCCGUUGACUGGCACCAUUUUCGGAAGGCGACCCUUUGCCGCUCUGUUGAAGCCGUAACCGCCCGGCGCCAGAUGAAACACUCACUCAAGGGGACGAAGGUACAGGAGGCGUUUGCCUUCUGAGUUGUGGGAUUGUUGGACGAUUUUGUUGGAAAACCACGGGGCAUUAAAUGUGGCAUUUGGUUCGAUCUACAAGAAAUGAAAUAACAUUUCGUGUGACAAUAAAAUUAUAUAUAUUAAGACUUUAAGGACUACUAGUGAAUGCAAUUGUCCACAAUUUAAUGUUCAUACAUGUAAAUGAGUUGCCGUACCAACUAAACAAUUUCUUUUAGAACAUUGCCGGUUUCUUAAGCAUUUCUGUGAUAGUUUUGUGCAUUCAUAGUGCUGUUUGGUGAAAGUGCCGUCAUUAUCCUGUAUUUCAUGUUCACCCAUUCAUUCUGGUAAAUAGUUAAUUAUUAUAUUUAUCUAAUAAAGUGUUAAACUAU